CUUUAGAAGAACAAGAAUCAGCAGAAAAUAUCUUGAAGAACUCCAAUCUUUUGUUUGAAUUCAGGUUGCCGAUUAUUAAUGAAUUAAAAAUGAAAAUACGUUUAACUUUUUUUAUUUUUUUAUUUUGUAUCUGACAAAAAGAAAAGGUAUUUUCCCCCAAGAGGGUUUUCGCACCCUUCACUGUUCAUUAAACAAUUUUUAGACUACCAGUGGAUGAGGGAAGAGAAUUAAAAAUAAAUCACCCGGGACGGGUUCGAACCCGCGACCCCCUUUUCUCUAUUUUCGAUUGAUUUCUAAUGCUGUUUCAAUUUGGAUUUUUCUCUCAUCAAAAAAUAUUUUUCCGCGCCUUGUUUUUUUCCUGUUUUAAGUUUUCGGCACAUUAAAGAAUAAGCGGCUUUUGACAAUUCAUUUUUCAACAUUUUCUAGUAUUUCCCCUUCUUUAAAAUAUGAAAAAUGAGAAAAGCGGCAUAAAAUUAAAAAAAUAAAUGCCAUCAAAAAUAUUUUUUGAGAGUUUUGCUGACAGCCGAUAUGUUUUUAUUCUCCAAAACAGUUGUCAUCAACCUUGUUGUUCGACACAAAAAGCGACGCCAAAAAAGAUGACUAGAAAAAAGAUGAAUAUUUUUGUGAAGAAGAGGACAAUAAAAUGGAAGAAGCAAAAAAAUCUACGGCACAAAUGGCGCGCAAAAAUAUUUUUUUUUCAAUGUGUGCCACUUCUCUUUUUGGCAUUUUUUUCUUCUCUUCCCUGAUUUUUGCCUAUUUUUCUAUCCAAUCUCCCGCCCAUUUUUUCCUUCCUUGUCUUCUCAUUUUUAUUUUCACAUCUGCCUCUAACGCGCCGGAGAACGCCGCAUUCAUUUUAAAGGCGAUCUAAAUGUGCCGAUAAGAAAAAGAUGGCAAUUUCUUUGCAAAUAAAUAUUUUAUUUUUAUUUUCUUCAAAAAUUUUAGUUUAUUUUUGUUUUCUUAAAUUUCCUUUUAAAUUCCUUUAAUUCUAGUCUGUUUUAUUCCUCAAAUGUUAGCCUUUAAUUAUUAUUUUCUAUAUAAGCUUUAUUCAAUUCUUCUAAAGUUGUAUUGUGGCCGAGUGGUUAGCGAGUUUGAUUCGAGUUUUUUAAUCGUAGCGGUUCGAACCCCUUUGG